AUGAUUCCCCCUCAAUCGCCCCAUCCUUCCUCCCUGCAGCCGACGCCCAGGAUGGAAUCCCCUCCGCAAGUAGCAGCUCACCCUGGUCGCCUCAUCCUUGACCCCCCCCCUUUCCACCCCGCUAUCAUGCUGCCCCUCCCCUGCCCACCUGGCUCAGCCUCCCCCCUUCGUGCCUCUCAUGUUCUAUCUUGGGCUCUCAUAUGGCCCCAAAUCCCUGCUGCACUACCCUCCGCUCCCUUUGUGUCUUCACCUGAUGUGCUCCCUGCCCCUCCUCUCAUUCUGUGCUCCCUCCUCCUCCUCUCAUUCCGUGCUCCCUGCCCCUCCUCUCAUUCUGUGCUCCCUCCUCCUCCUCUCAUUCCGUGCUCCUUGCCCCUCCUCUCAUUCUGUGCUCCCUCCUCCUCCUCUCAUUCUGUGCUCCCUGCCCCUCCUCUCAUUUUGUGCUCCCUCCUCCUCCUCUCAUUCUGUGCUCCCUGCCCCUCCUCUCAUUCGGUACUCCUGGCAGUUUCCCUUGCUAUAUCAGUUUUCAGGCACAUUUUCGGCCUUCCAAAAACUCUCUCCCGCCGCCUGCACCCCUAG